GAUCUCUUGGAUGUCAGCGAUUCAAUUUUAGAGUGGCUGGGCGUGGGGGACGUAGCGGAGCGCCUCUACAUUUUGGAGCGAUUGGAGGACCUUCUGCUGCAGCAGGACACCGCGGAGCGCAGCCAUGAGGGGUGGCCAGUGACACGGGACGGGGACGCGAGCAGCCAGACAGUUGAGUCUGAAGAGGGGGAGUCAGUCAGAGAAGGUUUGGGGGAAGCACAGCAGGAAGUAAAUGUUGAAAUGUUUCGGAAAAAAGCUUCAUCCUCCUUGCGAAUGAGAAGAAUAUCAGAAAGCAAUAGAUGGAGCGUCGACCGCGGCCGGAGUUCCUCCUUCCAUGAAGUCCGGGGCCUGCGUGAAGCUGACAUGAGGACCGCGGCGGAGGAGACAUCCAGCAACAACAGCAGCAGCAGCAGCAACACCGUCCUGCAGCGCCUCCUGCAGGAGCAGAUGCGCUAUGGCGAGGGCAGGAACUACUUGGCCCUGCAGCAGCAGCAGCAGCAACAGCAGCAGCAGGGCGGUGUGAGCGGCGCGGUGGGAUAUACAGGAGCCGGCGGCCCCGGCGACGACCACUCCAUGGUUCCGCACAUCGCCAGACAGGAGCCACAGGGCCAAGAGCUGCAGGCGGACGGGGGCAUGGAGAAACAGCUGACCGCCCGAGGAGGGGGAGGGGGCAGCGGAGGGGGAGGGGGAGGAGGUGGAGGAGGAGCGGGAGGAGGUGGAGGAGGAGGCGGCGGAGGAGGGGGAGGCGGCGGGCAGGGCCCGAGCGCCGAGGACCUGCCCACGUACGAGGAGGCCAAGGUGCAGUCGCAGUACUUUCGGGGGCAGCAGCAGCUGCCCCCCUCGGUGGGCGCGGCCUUCUACGUGACGGGCGUGAGCAACCCGAAGGUGCGGACGGAGGGGCGGCCCACGGUGCAGCGCGUGAGCGCGGGCAAGGUGCACCAGGACGACGGGCUGAAGGACCUGAAACAGGGCCACGUCCGCUCCCUCAGCGAGCGGCUCAUGCAGCUCUCCCUGGCCACCAGCGGGGUAAAGGCCCACGCCCCCGUCACCAGCUCCCCGCUCUCCCCCCAGCCCCCUCCCCCGGGGCCCCCGGGCGACUACUACAAGCCGUCUGUCCAGCACCGGGGCCCGCCCCCAGACUACCCCUUCAAGAACAUGGCCUCCCCUCCCAAACCACAGCAGCAGGAGCUGGGACACUACUACCCCGACCCCCGCGGCAGCCAGCAGGGCCGCGCCGACAUGCCCCACGUCCGCUACCAGCCACCCCCCGAGUACGGCUCUUUUCGAUCCAAUAAGGAGAGCUCAGGUCACUCCCAGAGGCCGCCGCACCACCACAGCCCCACCUCCUCGGUCACGUCGGUGGGCUCGCUGUCCCGCGCCCAGUCCUCCACCCUCAGCAGCCUCAUGGGGUCCCCCCACCCGCUCCCCGUCUCCCACCCUGGGGAGCCCUUUCUCAUGGGCCCCCGCAGCCCCCAGGGGCCCGGCUCGCACCAGGGUGAUCCCUUUGGCCCGGGCCCUGUGCACCCGCCCCCGCAGCGGGGCCACGGCUUCCAGCCGGACCCCUACAUGUCGGCCCCCAGGGGCCAGCCGCACCACCAGCCGCCCCAGCCCUACCCCCACCCCCACUCGGUGCAGGGCGAGCCCUACGCCAUGGUGGCGCGGGCGCAGCAGAUGGUGGAGAUGCUCUCCCAGGAGAACCAGAUGCUCAAGCAGGAGAUGGAGAUGUGCUGCGACAAGGUGGCCAAGCUGCAGAAGCUGGAGACCGAGAUCCAGCUGGUGUCAGAGGCCUAUGAGAACCUGGCAAAGUCAUCCAGCAAGAGGGAGGCCCUGGAGAAGACCAUGAGGAACAAGCUGGAGCUGGAGGUGCGCAGGCUGCACGACUUCAACAGGGACCUGAGAGAGCGCAUGGAAACUGCCAACAAGCAGCUAGCUGCUAAGGAGUGUGAAGGAUCCGAGGACAACCGCAAGACCAUCUCGCAGCUCCUCGCUCAGAACAAAGAGACACUGCGGGAGAAGGAGAAGCUGGAGAUCGAGCUCAAUGCUCUGCGCUCCACUAAUGAAGACCAGCGCCGGCACAUUGAGAUCCGGGACCAGGCUCUGAACAAUGCGCAGGCCAAAGUGGUCAAACUGGAAGAAGAACUGAAGAAGAAGCAGGUGUACGUGGAGAAGGUGGAGCGCAUGCAGCAGGCCCUGGCGCAGCUGCAGGCCGCCUGCGAGAAGAGGGAGCAGCUGGAGCACCGACUGCGCACACGGCUGGAGCGGGAGCUGGAGUCCCUGCGCAUGCAGCAGAGGCAGGGCAGCUCCCAGAACAACAGCAGCCCCGAGUACAACACCACGGCGCUCAUGGAGCACCUGCGGGAGAAGGAGGAGCGUAUCCUGGCCCUGGAGGCCGACAUGACCAAGUGGGAGCAGAAGUACCUGGAGGAGAGCGUCAUGCGGCAGUUCGCCCUGGACGCUGCCGCCUCCGUCGCCACGCAGAGGGACACCUCCACAGGAAUCAGCCACUCCCCCACCAGCAGCUAUGACACCUCGGUGGAGGCGCGCAUUCAGAAGGAGGAGGAGGAGAUCCUCAUGGCCAACCGCCGCUGCCUGGACAUGGAGAGCAGGAUCAAGAACCUGCAUGCCCAGAUUAUCGAGAAGGACGCCAUGAUCAAGGUGCUCCACCAGCGCUCCCGUAAGGAGCCCAACAAGUCGGACGCGCCGGCCACCAUGCGACCGUCCAAGUCCCUGAUGUCCAUCGCCAACACAGGCGGCUCGGGCCUGCUGUCCCACUCGCUGGGGCUCAGCGGCAGCCCCAUCGCCGAGGAGCGCAAGGAUGAUCGCAGCUGGAAGGGCAGCCUGGGUGUCCUGCUGGGCCCAGAGUUCCGCACCGACUCGCUCCGGACCGAGUCCAUCUCCUCGUCCCCCUCGCCCGUCCUGCCCUCCACCCCCAUGGCUUCUGGACAUUCCAAAACGGGCAGCCGGGACAGCUGCACUCAAACCGAUAAGGGCCAGGAGUCCAACAAGCCCAGCACCCCUGCCUUGCCCUCUGUCCCAGUACCCACCCGGAUCACCAGCCCCAGUCCAGUCUACAUCCCAGACCGCAUAGCAGACGUGCCGGUGUUCCACAGCAGCACGCUGGAGAGGAGGGCGCCGGUGCAGCCGCUGGCCCAGCCGCUGGCCCAGUCCCUGGCGCAGCAGGAAGUGGACAACGACAUGGUGGAGAUCCUCAUUUAGCCCCGCCUCUCUCCCCCCUGCCCCCCUGCUCCCUGCC